AUUGCUGAGGAAGGCUCUCCGCUGCUCUGAUGGGCCAGCCCAGUCCUGGCCCAGCUCCCUGGAGAGGCAUCUGCAUCCUCUGGGCUGAGCUGUAGCUCCUGUGAAGCUGACUUCCAGGCAUGAGGUGGCUCCUGCCUUGGACGCUGGCAGCUGUGGCAGUCUUGGUGGCGGGCAACAUCCAGGCCACGGCCCUCUCUCCACCCCCAACAGCCAUGAUUUUGACCCCAGCACCACUGGAGGACACCACUACACGCCCUGAAUUCUGCAAGUGGCCAUGUGAGUGCCCACAAUCCCCACCUCGCUGCCCACUGGGCGUCAGCCUAAUCACAGAUGGCUGUGAAUGCUGUAAGAUAUGUGCCCAGCAGCUCGGGGACAACUGCACAGAGGCUGCCAUCUGUGACCCACACCGGGGCCUCUACUGCGAUUACAGUGGGGACCGCCCGAGGUACGCAAUAGGAGUGUGUGCACAGGUGGUUGGUGUGGGCUGUGUCCUGGAUGGCGUGCGCUACACCAACGGCGAGUCCUUCCAGCCCAACUGUAGGUACAACUGCACCUGCAUUGAUGGCACGAUAGGCUGCACGCCGCUGUGUCUGAGCCCCAGGCCCCCACGCCUCUGGUGCCGCCAUCCCCGGCAUGUGAGAGUUCCUGGCCAAUGCUGUGAGCAGUGGGUGUGUGAUGAUGAUGCAAGGAGACCUCGCCAGACUGCAAUCCUGGACACCAGAGCCUUUGCAGCUUCGGGCACAGUGGAACAAUGGCACGGGAACUGCAUUGCCUACAGUAGCCCCUGGAGUCCCUGUUCAACCACCUGUGGCCUAGGUAUCUCAACUCGUAUCUCAAACGUCAAUGCCCGGUGCUGGCCAGAGCAGGAAAGUCGCCUCUGCAACCUGCGGCCAUGUGAUGUGGACAUCCGUCCACAUAUCAAAGCAGGGAAAAAAUGCCUGGCUGUGUACCAGCCGGAGGAGGUGCAGAACUUCACUCUUGCAGGCUGUGUCAGCACACGCACCUACCGACCCAAGUACUGUGGAGUCUGUACUGACAGUAGAUGCUGCAUUCCCUACAAGUCCAAGACCAUCAGUGUCGAUUUCCAGUGUCCAGAGGGGCCCAGUUUCACUCGUCAGGUCCUAUGGAUUAAUGCUUGUUUCUGCAACUUGAGCUGCAGGAAUCCUAACGAUAUCUUUGCUGACCUGGAAUCUUACCCUGACUUCUCAGAGAUUGCCAAUUAGGUAGGUAUGUGGCUCAAGCUCCGUGUUUGCAGAGCAACCAGCUGUCUGUGGCCCAGGACUUCACAACUGAGCCUUAUUUCAUCUACUCCCUACUUAAUUCUGAAUUCCCUGAUCCUGACCUUCAGUCUCUGUUCCUUUUUU